AUGGAGAAAUUAAGCAUCAGCUCAAGUAAGAAGGCUAGAAGAAACAAUUUUCAGAGAGAAAUCACAUCUACUAAUCUAGAACAAUCAAAUGCAUGGAAUGUUACGAGACGCCUAUCACCAAAGGCUCCACCUGUUCCAAAACUCGAUUCUGCGAGGGCAAGUGGUGUGUUAAAGGUCCUGAUCAAGGUGGAGUAUAUCGGUCAGCUAUUAUAA